UACCGAUAGAGGCCGUAACGAACUUUCAUAUCGAUUGACAAUGUCAAUUUUGACAUAAACAUUUGUGGUGCGCAAUUUCUCUAAAACGUUGCGGUUUUUUUGUUGUUGAAGAAUUUACGUCGUAAACAAUGAUAUCAUUCGUGCGGAAACCUGAUAAAAACCGGCUUGAAUUUGUUCGUGAUAUUAUUUCAGAGCGAAAAACGGCCAUCUAACCUCUCUUACCUUAUGACGUUUGAUGGUUCUUGUAAUUUCAUGUUUUUUGGGGGUCCCAACUACUAAUAAGAAAUUAUAAUGGGGGGUUCUGUAAGUCAAGUUUUUCAUUCUGGUAGUGUUUUAUUAUCGACAAGUCACGGGCACCGUGUUAGCGAUUCUACACGACAAAAAGUUCAUACUGUUUUUGAUGCCCUUCGUGCUAACCCUAAAGUUGGGGUGCAAAGAUUAGAAGGAUUAUUACAACAAAUACCAAAGAAUGAGAAUAUUUUGAUGAUACAUGAUGAAGCCGGUUAUAAUUUACUUCAAAAAUGUGUGGGUGCAAAUAAUAUUGAGCUCGUUAGGUGGCUUUUAAAUAGACACUCUUCUACAGAUGUUAAUAGGUGUCCCUGUAGUUUACCUUUACAUAUAGCCUGUUUAAAAGGGCAUGAUGAAUGUGUUGAUUUACUUUUAAAACAUGGUGCCAAAAUUGAUGUUGAAGCUAGAAUGUGUUGGCCAGGACCUCAUAGCAAUAAUUGUGAAGAAAGAGGAAAAUAUUUAAGUAUACAACAAGAUGAAAGUUGUAUGGAACGAGAGCGAGAAAAACCUCAAAACAAACUUCAAAGUGCAAUGUAUUACGCUUUAGAUGGAGAUCAAGUUAAUAUUUUGAUUAUGUUGGCUCAAAAAUGUGAAGAUCUUUGGAACGUUGUUUUUCGAUCUAGAAAGCCAAUGUUACAUGCAGCGUGUGAAAGAGGUGCAUGGAAAUGCACUCAAUUUCUCGUAAUGGAACGUAGUGAAGAAAUUCACAUUUUAAAAGAAGAAUAUUACCCAAUUCAUUACGCUGUUUUACAUGACAGCAAAUUUCUAGAAUUGUUAAUAAGCGCCGGAGCUGAUACUACAGUUCGAACUUGCACCCAACAAAUGACAUUACUCCACGUGGUUUUUCUUGUUGCUCAUAAAUCAGCGGAAGAUACAAUGUCAACAAUUCGACUUUUAUUAGAACACGGUUGCAAAGAAAUUAUUAACACCCCCGAUUCACUCGGAAACACACCGCUGCACGCGUUAAUCUUUCGGUAUGCGUUAGAGGAGGCGCGCUAUGGUUGCGAUAAAUGGAAUAAAUGGGACGUUUUACAUUUGGUAAGGUAUUUAAUUCAAUGUGGGGCGAAACAAUCGAUUAAUCAAGCUGGAAAUUCGGCGUUAGCGUGUGUUUUGCGACAUGUCCGCGAUUGGGAAAUUUGUUAUGAACUUUUAAAUAUGUUAAUUCAUGAAGGAGGUGAGCCAAAUAUGGUGGGAAGAGAUGGUUCUGUACCAAUAAUGAUAUGUUUAGUGCCACUAAUAAACAAAGAUCCACUUCAUCACUUUACACAUAACAUGAAAGUAUGUUAUCUUAAUUGUAUAAGGAUAUUAUUGAAAAAUGGUGCAAAUCCAAAUUGUAGCUACAAAGAAAACUUAACCCCAUUGCAUGUUUUAGUUUUUACUGUCUCAGAAAAUAUUACUUUAGCUUGUGACGGGCAAAAAAGUAGUAAUUUCGAGUUUAUAAAGAACCUUUUAAUCCUUUUAUUAACUCACGGUUUAGAUCCGAACGUACGUGUUAGUAUGCGUACUCAACAUAUUUUGCAAUCUUGCAUGGAUAUGGUACAAAAUGUACGAGAUUGUCGCGACAUCAACUACGUUUACGAUUUAACGUUAACUUUAAUCCAGUAUGGUGCAAACCCGGAUUUGACUGUAAACGUUUCAGAGGCUGUUAAAAAUAAUCAAUUAUAUGCCCAAUCGAAAUGGAAAACCAAAAAUUAUAUUCUUUAUUAUUACGUCAUGUUGGUGUCUCGGAAAGAGAACAUUGUAACCGAUCCCGAAAUGUCUUUUGCAAAAAUAAUAACUUUAUUUUAUUUGGUAAUGAAACAUCAGCCUUUAUUCGAGUGUUUAAAAAUUUUGUAUACGCAACAAUUGAGUCUUGUACCAGGGAAAGCAACUGAACCUUUAACCUGUAUUAUACGCGAUUUAUAUAAACGACCGAGGACUUUAAAACAAAUUAGUCGCGUUACGAUACAUAAUUGUAUGGGGCGCAGACCCGGAUUAUGUGUGAAUAAAUUAAAUUUACCAAAUCGGCUGAAAGAAUAUCUUUUAAAUUUUGAACCGUAAAGAUGAAAAUAUUUUAAAAUUAUUUAAAAAAAAUAUAUUAUUUGUGAAAAGUACUCUCAAUUACCAGAGAGAAUGCGAGAUGUGUUAAUCUUUUUGGAGAGAUUAUAUUUUUUUAAAUCAUAAUCUAAAAAACGAAUUCAACGUAAUCUGUAAAUGUUAAUAAAUAUAAAAUUGAAUGGUUUAA